CAAGAGCAGCAAGAAUGUUGCUGUUAAAAGCUUUUGUUCUAUCAAUGGUUUUCUCUUAUGGCUCCUCACAAGUGAAGCUGACCCAGCCUCAACAGUCCAUGACCAGGGAAGAAAGUAAAACCAUUCGAAUUGACUGUCGUGUUUCUGUACGGAAUUUUGACCAGGCUUAUAUCCACUGGUACAAACAGAGACCGGGUGCAGCUCCGGAGCGGAUUCUAUACAUCUCAACACAGGCUGCUUUUGACAGAGCCUCAGACAAAGGGAAGUUUAAUGCUGAAAAGAAGAAGAUCGGCCAGCCUACCUGUACCCUGAUCAUAGACAAAACAUCCUUCAGUGACACUGCUACAUACUAUUGUGCCUACUGGGAUCACACAGUGUUAGAAAACAGUACGCCACCUGUACAAAAAUCCACUCUGCUAUUCAAGACACAGGUUUGCCAGUAUGGAGCUGCACAAGAACAACUGACACAAACUCAGAUAUCCAUCACAAAGAUACCAAAGAAAACCGUAAAAAUGGACUAUAAAAUUUUUGGCAUUGAUGUUGGCGGUGCCUAUAUACACUGGUACGGACAGAGACCUGGAGAAGCUCCAGAGUGGCUGUUGUAUUAUAAGACACAAAACGAUCAAUCCAAUUUUGACAAGGACAAGUUUAGCAUUGACAAGACAUCAUGA